AUGAGGGCAGCGCUCGCCCUGCUGCUGCUUUUGGCCGCUGCGCGUGCUGAGCACCGAGCGAGGGGCAGCGUGCUGCCGGCUCAUCCUCUCUCCUUGCUCCCUGCUCCCAGGACCAUCAUCGCCAACAGCAGGAAAUUCUCCAACGCCACCUUCGAGGAGAUCAGCCACCUCGUCCACGAGAUAGUGUCCCUGGCUGAAACCUGCUGCACCAAAGGCGCCGACCCCUCCUGCUACGACGCCGGGUCCUCCGCUCUCUCGGCCAAAUCCUGCCUGCAGCACCCACCCCAGCAGCCACCCCGCUACCUCCAGCCCUCUGACCAAGAGCUCUGCCAGGCCUUCAAGAAGGACCCCAAGGACUUUGCAGACAGCCUCGCCCUGAUAUCGAACCGGUUUUGCUCCCGCUUCACGGCGGAUGGGAAGGACAAAGUCGCCUUCAGCUACCUCACCUCGCUUGCCCAGAAGAUGCCUGGUGCCUCCUUCGAAGACCUUCUCCCCCUGGCAGAAGAUGCUGCCGAGGUGCUCUCCCAGUGCUGCGACUCGGUGGCCGAGGACUGCAUGCAGAAGAAGUUAUCGGAACACGUCGCCAAAGCCUGCGCGGCCCGCCGCGAAAGGUGUGCGGACUGCUGCAAGGGGACAAACCUCAUGCAAAACUAUUUCUGCAUCUUGGCCUUGCCCCCCGCCCCCGCCCCCAAACUGCCGGAG